CGUGCAACGGUUUCGCCGAUCGACCAGCUGACCACCAUCGGUCGUCGAAGAAGUCGACUAAUAUCGUCACAGUUUCUGCGCGACGGGCGACACGUGGACACAGUGCGAUCCGUCUCCUUCUUCGGAUUCCUCGCGCAGAAUGCGUUCUCCAUAAAUUAACUUCUUAACUAUACGCGAUUGCUCGUCGUGCAAGAAACGUCGACACGCUUCGAUCGCCAGUAUUUUCGGGGUCGUUAAAUGCAAAUCGUGUAUGUAUGUAUGUAUAUUUCUCUUCCCUCAUAAUCAUUAAAAACGUGCGUCAAAUAAUUUCGAACAAGAUCGCAAACUUUUAUUCCCCUACACCUUUAUGAUCUGUCAUUUUGGAAGAAAUACAUUUUUAUUGGACAAAAUAAUCGAAUCUUUCUCCGCCAGAAAUCACUGAUAAAUUUUCUGAUUUGUGACGCAUGGUACCAAAAAAAACCAGAAGAGAUAUAUAUACAUAUAUGUACAAAGCGAAGUCGAAUACGGCGUGAUUUACGUCGACAUGUAAAAACGACCGGCGAAAUGUAUUCGAAAUAAUGUCGCGGAAUGUCCAUAUAUUUCAGGGGAACGUUAAACGUUUACACGGCAGACGUUUAACGCGCAUUGACCGCACGGUUCGUCUCUUCGCGUUGUCAACGCCGACUCGCGCCGGAUAUCAGUAUGAGUCUCUAUCCACGGAGACGCUUUCGCAUCACUCCUAUGCGAGCUCUAGCAGUGUUCUUUUUGAUGAUCGUACUUUUCUGGUAUAGCCUCAGUCGGCAAGAAAUUCCUCAGCAACCGUGUAGUGUGUCCGAAGAAUUUACCGAGAAAUUACAUGAUCUCGCUUACAGAGCUCAUUUGGUUCUCACUAAGUUGGGCAUCGUUCACUUUCUCUGCCUGGGCGGUCUUUGGGGUCAAGUUCGUAUAGGCCGUGCUUUGCCAUGGGCUCGCAAAGUAGAACUAUGCUUGGUAGACACUCUCCGUGACGAUGUCUUGAUCACCAAAGCCUUUCGAGAGGUCGGUCUGAGUGCAACCUAUCUUCAUGCGGCGGGAAUUUACAGAAUACAGGAGCACGAGGUCGGCGAGGAUGCACCCAAAGUGGAAGUGGUGGUUUUCGAGGAAGACGCGGUGACACAAAUGGUGAGGAGGGUCGGCUGGACCAGAAGAGUUUUACCUCCGGAUUGCGAAUUCUCACCGAGUCUACAGUGUUUUCCACCCCAAUUAGUAAUACCGCCCUUACCAGCGAAACAAUUUGGCGGUCGACUGAUGCCGGUGCCCCGAGAAGGCAUAGAAUUGCAAAAAUAUCAUUAUCCCAACAACUGGUGGCUGGAGAUCAAGCCCACUGAUUGUACCGAGCCUCAAGAAACGAACGUGUAAUAUACAAUCCUUGUGAAAUUAAUCCUAGUGCAAUUAGAACACUAUCUUCGUGAAAUCAUAACAUUUCCUAUGAUUUCCUAUGAUCAGCCUGGAUAGGAUCUAAGAGUAUUAUACUUCAGUUGAUUUAAACAUAAUAUUAAAACCGAAAUAGCUUAAAUUAUUGAGAAAAAAGAGAUUGGGAAAUUUUAUUAUAGUAUAAGUAUUUUCUAGAAAUAGACAGGACGCGAGAGUAGAAGAGAUGCAUGUGAUAAGGAUGAUAGGGGGAUGAAUAUUUCUUAUUUAAUUGUAGAUUUAAUUUUAAUUUAAAAAAGGGAAAAAGUGAGUUUGAUCUGCGAAUUUAAUGCGACGAUGCGAUUACUGCUUAUAGAAAGUAUUCAAGUGUCGUUAAAUGAAAUCUACUAGUAGCUUUAACGAUAUAAUGACUGACUGCUAUAAUCAUCGUAGCAAUUAUAUUAUUAGAAUUAUAAGCAGUGUCAAUUAGAAUUAAGUCAUAUUUUCUAGUUUUUUAUUCCGGAUUUUUCUCUAUCAUUGUUCUUUUUUACCAU